AUGUGGAGCAGAACAGACACAGAGCCUGACGGGUAUGGAGGAGGAGAGAUUGAGUUUGGGGGAGGAGGGGUGAUGUGGGGAGCCUGUCUGUCCUUGUGCCUAUACUCCAGCCUGUUUCUGCCUCAUUACCCCCUCUCGUCCCUGGGCAGCAGUGAAGAGAAGUGUCCUCUCUGGCUCUGUUUCUCCCGUCGCCGCAGUGACGGACAGGCGGCGGCUGACGGCUCCUCUCCCAGCGCCUGCUCUCUUGCAAAUGAGACGUCCAGCCUCCUCCAGAAGCAGGCAAGGGACAUGAUAUUGGAAAAGUUUCAUCGGCAGGGAACUUUGUUGUCUGCUGUUGGGGGAUACUUAAUACGCUUCUGCAGUCAGGAGAAAGAGGAGGACAGAGGAUGGAGCGAGAAGAGCAGUGACAGCCAGCAUGGAGGGAGGGGCUGGGGGUCCCCUGUUACCAUCACACCAUCAACAGGAUCUGUGGAUGAAGAAUAUCACUCUCCAGUCCUCUGCUUUCCUGUCUCCGGCUUGUUCUUACCCACUCUUCAUGAUUGCUGA